AUGGAAAUAUCAAGUGGAUAUGGCUACAUUCCGCAUUUGCACGAUCAGCCGAGAAAUAAUAAAUGCAAUCUUUCAAUUUAUUCAGAACAUUAUUCGAUAACAAAUAUUAAAUCAAAUAAAUCCCAAAUACAUCUACUUGCGGACAUUCUCGACAGAUGUCCAUGGAGAUUAAACUCUAUUCUCCUUGGCAGUUGUGUAUGCUCAAAGCUAGCAGUUCUCCAGAACAUUUCGCCGACAGGUGAAACAUCCGGCAGAAAGAAGUCACCUGAGGAAUUACAACGAGCAUGUAGUCCGCUGCAGUUUACGACACAAGCACUGAGUUCUCCGUGGCGUUUGCCAAGCAACAAUUCUUUCUUUAACAAGGCCAUCAAUGUGAAUAAAUUUUGCCGCAAAUUGCGUAGUUUAUUCGAUAUCUAUCAUUCCAACGCCCUGUUAAACAAAUGUACCUAA